CAGUAAAUCAGUGUUCGUCGUGCAGUGCUGCAACUUUUUUUCGCUCAUUAAUAUCACUCACUUAAAGGCAAGUCAAGAGGCAGGGCCAGGAGCUGAGAAUCAAAUUGUAACCUCAUAAAGGUAAGUGUGUAUAGGUAUGGAGCUGAGGAACAUAUUAGGUAGAAGUGUUUACCUUGGUCCCGGCAGUUCCAAGAUGGACGUUAUCAAUGAAGUCGUCAAAAAGCCCGGUCAAGAUAAAGCCUUCUAUGUGUUGGAUAUUAGAGAGGUGGUGGAGACGGUGAAGCUGUGGCGACAACUGCUGCCUAGAGUUGAUAUCUUCUACGCAGUGAAAUGCAACAAUGAACCAGUGGUGUUAGGGUUGUUGACGGCUCUGGGGACUGGCUUCGAUUGCGCCUCCCAGUCAGAGAUGGAGCAGGUGUUGGAGCUUGGAGCGCAGUCAUCUAGGAUCAUCUGUGCUAACCCCUACAAGCUUCCCUCACACCUUCGUCUCGCUCAAGCUCGUCACGUCUCCCUGAUGACCUUCGACAGCGAAACGGAACUACAUAAGAUCAAGGCUAACUAUCCAGAGGCACAGUUGGUGCUUCGCAUACGCUACGACGCCGCCAUCUCCCAAAUAUCUUUCGGCGAGAAGUUUGGGGUGUUGCCUGAGAAAGCCCGGACGCUGCUGGUUGCUGCCCGUGCCUUGACUCUCAGCGUAGUGGGUGUUGCAUUCCACGUGGGCUCUGAGUGUAAUGAUCCACCUGUGUUCUACCACGCUAUUGCUGCAGCACGGAAGGUGUUUGACGAAGCUGAGGAGGAAGGUUUUAAACCUUACCUGUUGGACAUAGGUGGAGGUUUUCCUGGUGAUGAUGAGAGGUUGAUGAAGGAACUGUCACAUUAUAUAAACAUCGCACUUGACCACUUCUUCCCUGAUGACGGACGAGUCAAGAUCAUUGGAGAGCCGGGUCGUUAUAUCGUGGCCUCCUCGUCCACUCUUGUCACGGGUAUCAUUGGCAAGAGACGGAAGGAUGAGCAGGAACACUCCACCUCCUCGGAGAUGAAUCAUGUGGAAGAGUGGCACAACUCCUCCUCCUUAAAGAAAGAAAAUAAGGUGAAGAAUCAUGAGCAAGCCAUCCCUAACAUGUACUACAUCAACGAUGGCGUCUUCACAUCUUUUUCUUCAGUCCUGAGAAAUGUAGAGCCCAUAACACCAACGCCUCUAGUUGAGAGGCCAGGACAACCUCUAGUAAUGAGCACAUUAUGGGGUUGGUCAUGCACUAGUACUGACUGUGUGAUGAAGGACGUCCUCCUACCUGACCUCAGUCUGGGUGACUGGCUGGUGUGGUCCAGGCGGGGCGCCUACAGUCUCUGUUACUUCUCGUCUUUCAAUGGACUUCCACUCCCUGAAGUGUAUAUUCUCGCAACUCCUGACACUGU